CCGAAAAUCUUCUGUCAGACCCACCCACCCCCAGGGCCCGGCCGGGCCGGAGGAAGGCCCCGGCUGCCGGUGUUUGCGGUUCUGGAAUCCGGUCGGUCGGUCGGUCGGUCGAUCGAGGGGAGUCGGCGGGUCAUGGGGCCGAGAAAAAAUACAAAGAGAGUUCCGAAUUUUCGUAAGCUGCUGAAGACUAGCAAUGUGAAGCUUGCAAAUAAAUUGAAGAAUAAACAGUACAAACAGCAAAGUGCAGUAAAGAAAUAUAAGAAAGAGCAGAGACAACUUCGACAAGCUGCUCGAGAUGUUUCAGCAAAAGAAGCAAAACCAUUGGAUCAAUUGAAAAGGAAAAGAUCAGAUGAAGAAGAGGAUGAAGUGGAAGAGGAUGUUCUACCUUUGGAUAUGCUGGAUGAUGAUGACUUGGAAUAUAUGCAAAGCAUGGGCCAGAGGCCAUUAUUUCUUACCAGGGAUCUUCAUUCCAGUGAACCAACCCAUGCCAAAAAAAGAAAGAAAGAAAAUAGGGUGGAACAGUAUGAGAAGGUGCCACGAUAUUUGCAGACUGAACCUGAAAAGGAGCUUAUCCACCUAUUGCCUAUCAAAGACAAACGGGGUAUAAUUCCUCAAUCAGUGGAGAAGCCAAUCCUAAUGGAAGAACAAGAAGAAGAAAUGGCUGAGGAAAAUCUACAGCAAGAGGAAAGAGAAGAAAUGUUUGCUUUAAAGGAGCCUUGUCAAAAGUUGACCACGGAAGAGCUGCUACUGAUGAGAAGACAGACGUUACAAGAGAAAAAGAUCCAGAUAGCCACUUUGGCAUCGUCCAUCCUGACUGAACCAAACAACAAUAUAAAAAAGCUGAAGGAACUGCGUUCAAUGCUCAUGGAAAGGGAUCCAAAUGUUGCAGUAACUGUACGGAAACUGGUGAUGGUAUCUUUGUUGGAGAUCUUUAAAGACAUCACACCAUGCUACAGAAUACGACCUCUAACUGAAGCAGAGAAAACUACAAAGGUUAAAAAAGAAACCCAACACCUGAGAGAAUUUGAAGAAGGUUUAGUAUGUCAGUACAAAUUUUACCUGGAAAAUCUUGAACAGACAGUUAAAGAUUGGAAGCAGAUGAAGAAAAAGAAGAGUGAUGUUGUUUCAUUAAAAGCAUACAAAGGUCUUGCAGAAGUAGCUGUAAAAUGUCUUUGUGAACUAUUAGUGGCUUUGCCUCAUUUUAACUUCCAUAACAACAUUGCUCUAAUGGUUGUUCCACUUAUGAAUGAUGUAUCAAAGAAGAUUUCAGAAAUGUGUUGUGGAGCUGUGGAAAAACUUCUUAAGCAGGAUAAAAUUGGCCAGGCCUCCCUUGCUGUGGUCAAAAUAAUUUCUGGACUUGUUAAAAGCAGAAAUUAUGAGGUCAAACCAGAGGUGCUUAAGACAUUUCUUGCGUUGCGAAUUAAGGAAGUAGAAGUUAAAAAAGAUUCAGAGGAUAUUGCCCCUAAAAAAAGAUUCAUGACAUACAAAGAGAAAAGGAAAAAUCUUUCCAGGAUGCAGAGAAAGUGGAAAAAAGCAGAAGAGAAACUAGAGAAAGAACUUCUUGAAACUGAAGCUUCAGAAAGUAAAGACAAAAAACUGAAACUGCAUACUGAAAUCCUGAAUAUUGUGUUUCUGACAUACUUCAGAAUUCUAAAGAAAGCACAAAAAUCAGUACUACUUCCUGGUGUUCUGGAAGGCCUUGCCAAAUUUGCUCAUCUCAUUAAUGUGGAAUUCUUUGAUGACCUUUUGAUGGUUCUGUAUACUCUAAUUGACUCUGGGAGUCUUCAUUACAGGGAGUGCCUUCACUGUAUUCUGGCUGCCUUUCAUAUACUUUCUGGACAAGGUGAUGUGCUGAACAUUGACCCAAUGAAAUUCUACACGCAACUUUAUAAGAUGUUGUUUGUGCUACAUGCUGGGGAUACAAAUGAAGAUGUUUUGAUUUUGCUGCAAUGUAUAGAUGUGAUGCUGACAAAACGAAGAAAACAAGUUUCUUUGCAACGUGCUAAUGCUUAUUUGAAACGUCUGACUACUCUUGCACUUAAUGUUCUCCCCAAUUCCACCAUCGGUAUCCUGGCAACAAAUAGAGUAUUAAUGAACUCAUUUCCGAAGACAGAUAUUUUGCUCGACAAUGAAUCCCAUGGUAGUGGACUUUAUCUACCUGAGCUUAAUGAACCUGAAUACUGUAAUGCACAGAAUACUGCAUUGUGGGAGUUACAUUACCUCCAGAGACAUUUUCAUCCUGUGGUACGGAGUUUUGCAGCACAUCUUAGUGUUGGUGCUCCAUCAGAGGGCUCUGGAGCGCUGAGAAUGGAACUAAGCAGAAAGCAUGCAACAGAGCUUUUUGAGGAGUUCAGCAUGAAAGAGAUGACCUUCAAUCCACCAAUCACAUCUUCUGGAUCAAAAAGAAAGAAGUCGACAACACAGAGUGCAUUCCUUGAUUCAGAGCUUCAAAAGCACAUUAAUCAGCUCCUUGAGAAAUCAUUCAUCACAGCUGAUCUCAAAUUUGCUGAAAGUUUCCAAACAGAAUCACAAGCAUGAUUGAAGAGUGUUGGGUGUUCUCAAACAAAAAGUUAUUACAAGUUGCAAUAUUUAAACAAAUAUUAGAUUACCUGUGUUAAUUCAUGGUAUCCACUGUGAUUGUGUGUAAAUAUAAAUGAUUCACCCAUAAUCUUGCUAUUUCCUAUAAUUGUGAGCAAGAAUAAUGGUUCUAACAUUGUCUUGUAGCAGUCACAGCACAAUCCUGUAUAAAAAAAUCAGGUAUUAUUUUUCUUGGGCUAAUUUAACAACUACGGAUUUUAUAAAAGACAUGUUGUCCACUUUAAUGGGGGAAACCUUGCAGUCUGUAAAC